UAAAAAUAAAGUUGCCUUUCUUUGACAACAAACGGUUGCUUAAGCAACCGUUAACAUAAUGAUAAUGUUGCAUUGUUUUAUGCAACACAUAGCUGUAACACUAAAGCAAACACAAACACCUACAGCAACAGCAGCAGCGGCUGGCAAAUUAAUAAAGUCCCAAUGUUUGGUGUCAAAACGUAGCAGAAGAAAAUUAUCUACUAACUGUUGCAUAACAACAAGAACAAAAAGAAUCACAUUAACAUCCUGCUGCAAUUUUAUAUUACUAACAAUAGUACUGCUACAACAAUGUAUAGAAAACGGUAGCAUGGUCUCUGCCAGCUCAUUAAAUGGCUUGAGUAGCAACAACAACAACAACAACAACAAUAAUAACAAUAUAAAUAAUAAUAAAAAUAAAGGUUCUCUAAAUAGUAAUAAUAAUAAUUUAAAUAAUAAUUUAAAUUUAAGAACAACAGCUUUAUUAGCAGCAGCUACAACAUCAACGUCUUCAUCAUCAUCCUCCUUAACACAAUCAUCCAAUACAGUGCCCUCAAUGUCCUUGACGGCCAUAAGUGGAACAGGUUCGGGAGGAGUUAGUAGUAGUAGUAGCAGCAGCAGUAGUAGUAGUUCUAGUUCCUCUUCUUCUCUACUAACAUCAUCAAUUUCGUCCUCCUCUUCAUCGUCCUCAAACUCUCGCAGUAGUCGACAAAAUAGUAACAAUAGCAACAACCACAACAACAACAACAAUCAAAAUGACCAAUUACCCUCACAACUUUCAUCACGUAUUAUCCAUACACGCAAUGGCGCUUUAUCGGGUGUAAUUGUACAAUUAGAUGGACGCCAUUUAGAUCCGGUUGAAGCGUAUCGUGGCAUACCAUAUGCAUCACCACCUGUCGGCAAUUUAAGAUUUAUGCCUCCUGUUUCGGCAGCCAUGUGGUCAGGCGUCAAAAAGGCAGACAGAUUUAGUCCUGUUUGCCCACAACGUUUGCCCGAUAUAGCCAAUCAGACAGCUGCCUUGGAACGUAUGCCAAAGGGACGUUUGGAGUAUUUAAAACGUUUACUGCCAUAUUUACAAAAUCAAUCAGAGGAUUGUUUAUAUUUAAAUAUUUAUGUGCCCAUACAAGUUGCCUCAAGAGAUUCUUCAUCGAGUAGUAGUGGCAGUUCAAGCUCUUCAUCAAGUGGCAGCAGUAGUAGUAGCAGCUCAUCCUCCUCAUCGUCUGCUCAGGCUAAAUUGCCUGUUAUGGUUUUUGUUCAUGGCGAAUCAUAUGAAUGGAAUAGUGGCAAUCCUUAUGAUGGUUCGGUAUUGGCCAGUUUUGGUCAAAUGUUAGUUGUUACCAUUAACUAUCGUUUGGGUUUAUUAGGUUUCUUAAAUGCCAACACCGAUCGUUAUUCAAAGCUGCCAGCCAACUAUGGUUUGAUGGACAUUAUAGCCGCGUUACAUUGGCUAAAAGAAAAUAUAGCUGCCUUUGGCGGUGACCCGCAAAGUAUAACAUUAGCUGGCCAUGGCACCGGAGCAGCAUGUGUUCAUUUUCUAAUAUCAUCCAUGGCAGUGCCAGAAGGUUUACUAUUCAAUCGAGCCAUAUUAAUGUCUGGCUCAGGUUUGACACCUUGGUCUUUGGUUAGUAAUCCAGCCAAAUAUGCUGCCAUUGUGGCACAUCAUGUUAACUGUGCACCAGACUUGCCGCAUGCACAUUUUAUGAAGUGUUUAAGAGAAAAACCUUUGGAACAAUUGUUGAGUGUGCCCAUUAGACAACCAGAGUUUGGUUUUGCCUUUGGCCCCAGCAUUGAUGGUGUUGUUAUAGAUGGUGGUGACUAUGUGCCACCGCCAGCUGGCUCCCUAAAUGCACAGGCUUCAACGCUGGCCGGUGGUUUGGGUGGUGAGGCCGGCAAUGCAGCGCAUGGUGGCUGGGGCACACCCGGUCAAUUGGAAAAUAUAGUAUUAAUGAGGAAAACUGCAAUUAAUAAAUUAUCCAGAUAUGAUUUAAUGGCUGGUGUAACACGUGCUGAGGCGUUUUUCUCCUUCAAUUCGGGUGAUGUUCAAUAUGGCAUUGAAGCUGAUAGACGUUCGAAAAUCUUAAAGGCCUACGUGCGCAACACAUACACGUAUCAUUUGAAUGAAAUAUUUGCUACGAUUGUUAAUGAGUAUACGGAUUGGGAGAGACCAGUACAGCAUCCAAUUAAUAUCAGAGACGAAACUUUAGAGGCCUUAAGUGACGCUCAAGUGGUUGCACCAGCUGCCCAAACUGUAGAUCUACAUUCAGCCGAUCAUCGAAACUCUUAUCUAUACGUUUUUGACUAUCAAACUAGAUAUGGUGAUUAUCCUCAGCGGCAAGGUUGUAUACAUGGUGAGGAUUUGCCGUAUAUAUUUGGAGCACCCUUGGUGGGUGGUUUCAAUCAUUUUACACGUAAUUAUACAAAAACCGAAAUAAGCCUGUCGGAGAUAGUGAUGCUGUAUUGGUCGAAUUUUGUGAGAACGGGCAAUCCCAAUGAACAAAUGGAAAGUGAUCAUGGUAGCCGUCAAGAGAGAAGUCGCUAUAAAAUCAUCGAAUGGACCGCCUAUGAAAGUGUUCAUAAGAAGUAUUUAAAUUUUGACACCAAACCCAAACUGAAAAAUCACUAUCGAGCACAUCGUUUAUCCUUUUGGCUAAACUUAAUACCAGAUCUGCACAAACCAGGUGGAGAUAAUGUUCCCGCCUCCCAUCAUCAGCUAACAGAUGACGAUGAAAUGGACAACAAUAUUGCCGGUGAUGCUUCCAUUAAACCCCUCAAUCCACCCUAUUCACCAGGCAUAGGCAAUGCUGCUUUAGGGAAUUUUAGCAUCUUUACCAAUCAGGUAUUCUCCUUGCUGAACCUAAGUUCACCAUCGUCUUCGCUGCAGCGUAAUGGCACCCGCUAUACCGGCAGUAAAAUGUAUCCUGAUGAUAUGAUGGAUGGUGAUGGUCAUGGAGGUUCGCAGGCUUCACAAGAUAAUGAUGGUUUCGCCGCCUAUUCUACAGCUUUAAGUGUAACCAUUGCCAUUGGUUGUAGUUUAUUAAUAUUGAAUGUGUUAAUAUUUGCUGGUGUCUACUAUCAACGUGACAAGACUAGACUUAAUGAGCCUCGAUCACAGACAAAACUGAAAAGACAAGAGAGCGGCCAAAUGCCUAAUAAUAUUUGUGGUGAUUUGGAGACUUUAACCAUACACAGUAAAAGUGAUCCUGCCACCAUAUUAUCACAUCAUCAUGCUUUGCAGCAUCAUCAACUGCCACCGCCAGAAUUUGCCGAUAUACCUCAUCGAGCACCGCCACCACCAAAACACAUGAAGUCUCUACAAGAUCCGGGCGGUGGAGGCGGAGUAGGAGGUAAUGGUUCAGCUUCAACAGCCACUAUAAUGGGUUUAAUGCCGCCUCCUCAUGCCCUGCAGGUAAUGGGCAAUCAGUGUGGUACAUUGACGAAAAAAAGUUGCAUGAAACAAUCCUCAAUGCAGCAGCAGCAACUUAGCCAUCAACAGCAGCAGCAGCAGCAGCAACAACAGCAACAACAACAACAGCAGCAACAGCAAAUGAUUGUCACACAUCAGCAUCAAAUGCAAAAUUCUCAUAAUCAAACAAUGACCACCUCAUUGACCGGGGCGGGUCCACCGCCGCCUCCACCCACCGUACAAGUCAGUACAGCUCAAUCAAUGCAACAGCAUCAAUUGCAACAGCAGCAACAACAACAACAACAAUCCCAACAACAUCCACUAAUGGACGAAUUAAGAGUGUGA